GAGCAGUGUGUGGCCUGUGUGGGGACUUUAAUGGAGACGGCAGAGAUGAUCUUCACCACGCAAGGUCAGAUGAUAGUCAGCAGCCCUGUGGAGUUUGCUAACAGCUGGAAGGUGUCAAGCACUUGCCCCGACGCAGAAGCAAUCGACCCAUGUGGAGCCAGACCCGACCGUCACAACUGGGCUAAGAUGCAGUGCAGCAUCAUCAGAGGGAAGACUUAACUGUGCCACAAGAAGGUAGACCCUGCUCCAUUCUUUGAGAACUGUGUGAAAGAUUCCUGUGCCUGUGAUACUGGCGGAGACUGUGAAUGUUUCUGUACAGCUGUAGCAGCCUACGCCCAGGCCUGCACCGAAGCUGGAGUGUGUGUUGCAUGGAGAACACCAGAGAUUUGUCCUGUGUUCUGUGACUACUACAACGAUCCAGGUGAAUGUGAAUGGCAUUACAGCCCUUGCCAUACACCUUGCUUCAAGACCUGUCUGAAUCCAAAUGGGACCUGUAGCAACCCUAUUCCCAAUCUGGAAGGUUGUUACCCACAAUGCCCUCCAGAUAUGCCUAUAUUUGAUGAAGCGACUGGGGAGUGUGUUGAGGAGUGUAAUGAAACAACAACAACAACAGCACCAACACCAACUACCCCCCAGACAACCACACCACAAACAACAACACCGACAACUGAAGAACCAACCACAACCCCUCCUGUAAACCAUAAAGCUCCUACAACAACACCUAAACCAUCAACUACCAAAGAAGCCACAACUCUACCCACAACCCCCAGGACAACUGAAGAACCAACCACAACCCCCAGGACAACUGAAGAACCAACCACAACCCCUCCUGUCACAGUCACCACAACCACUAAAGCUCCUACAACAACACAUAAACCAUCAACUACCACAGAAGCCACAACUCUACCCACAACCCCCAGGACAACUGAAGAACCAACCACAACCCCCAGGACAACUGAAGAACCAACCACAACCCCUCCUGUCACAGUCACCACAACCACUAAAGCUCCUACAACAACACCUAAACCAUCAACUACCACAGAAGCCACAACUCUACCCACAACCCCCAGGACAACUGAAGAACCAACCACAACCCCCAGGACAACUGAAGAACCAACCACAACCCCCAGGACAACUGAAGAACCAACCACAACCCCUCCUGUCACAGUCACCACAACCACUAAAGCUCCUACAACAACACCUAAACCAUCAACUACCACAGAAGCCACAACUCUACCCACAACCCCCAGGACAACUGAAGAACCAACCACAACCCCCAGGACAACUGAAGAACCAACCACAACCCCUCCUGUCACAGUCACCACAACCACUAAAGCUCCUACAACAACACCUAAACCAUCAACUACCACAGAAGCCACAACUCUACCCACAACCCCCAGGACAACUGAAGAACCAACCACAACCCCCAGGACAACUGAAGAACCAACCACAACCCCCAGGACAACUGAAAAACCAACCACAACCACCCCUGUCACAGUCACCACAACCACUAAUGCUCCUACAACAACAUCUAAACCAUCAACUACCACAGAAGCCACAACUCUAAUGACAACCACAUCAGCAACAACCCAUGAAUCAGUUGUCACUGGUCCAACAUUGGCACCUCCAACAACAGAAAGCCAAGUCGGUCCAACACCAACCACAACUGGAACACCAACCCCACCACCAAUCACUUGUCCUGAGUGGGACAAAGUGCAAAAUGAAACUUUCUGGCUCUGCAACUGCACAUUGGCCAGAUGCAUUGAAAACAACACCAUUGAGAUAAUUCCAUAUAAAUGCCCAGAGCCUGAGCCAAUCACAUGUGCCAAUGGCAAGAAACCAGUGCUACAGUGGGAUGAAUUCUACUGCUGCCAACGCUUCGUGUGUGACUGCGUCUGUGAGGGUUGGGGAGACCCCCAUUACAUCACCUUCGACGGGCUCUUCUACAGCUUCCAAGGGAACUGUACCUAUGUGCUGAUGGAGGAGAUGAAGCCGCGUCACAACUUUAAGAUCUACAUCGACAAUGUCAACUGUGAUCCCACCGAGGAUGUGUCCUGUCCUCGAGCCAUCAUCGUGUCCUAUCGCUCAACAGUCAUAACACUGAAGAAUCACAACCUCAUUGGAGCUGCUCAGUUGGAGGCUCUUAUUGAUGGAGUUUCCCUGAGACUACCCUUCAAACGAAACGGUGUGAAGGUGAUGACCUCUGGUAUCAACAUGGUCUUGGAGAUUGCACAUCUCCAGGUGGUAGUUACCUUUGGUGUCACUGGCUUCAGCGUCAACCUUCCUUGGCAACACUUUGGCAACAAUACACAGGGACAUUGUGGAACAUGCAACAACAACCAGGCAGAUGACUGCAUGCUGCCUGGAGGUCAGCUGGUGGAGAACUGUGCUGUGAUGGCAGACUACUGGCCAGCCCAGGAUCUCUACCAGCCCGACUGCCCUGUGCCACCUGGAAUCCCCACCAACUCUCCUCUCCCUGAACCCACACAGAAGCCAUGCAAGCCAGAGUCCUCUGUCUGUGAUCUCCUGAAGGACAGCGUUUUUGCAGCCUGUCAUCCAUUUGUCUCACCUGACAACUUCUACCAGGGCUGUGUCUAUGACAGCUGCCACGUGUCCAACCCUGCGGUGGAGUGCACCAGUCUGCAGACAUACGCUGCUGCCUGCGCCCAGUUUGGAGUCUGCAUCUACUGGAGAAACCACACCACGCUAUGUGCCAGCGACUGCCCAGUUGACAAAGUCUACAAGCCCUGCGGUCCUGCCGAACAGCCAACCUGUGACGACAAUCCAGACGAGUCUAGGAUGAACGUCACCACAGAAGGCUGCUUCUGUCCUGAUGGGAUGAAACUCUUCAACAAGGACUCAGGGAUCUGUGUCGAUAAGUGUGGAUGCAUUGAUCCUGAAGGUGUUCCGCGAGAGUUCAACGAGAGGUUUGAGUACAAGUGCCAGGAUUGCGUUUGUAAGGAGUCCACCAAGAUUGUGAGCUGUGAACCCAAGGUCUGCUCCAAACCCCCAGUAGAGAUAUGCACUGGUCCAGGCUUCGUAUAUGUCAACCAAACCGAUCCAUCCGAUCCAUGCUGCUCCAGCCUCGUCUGCCGUUGUGACAGCAGCACUUGCCCGCCUACCAACAUGAACUGUCCUAUUGGGUUCCUGCCAGUGGUUUCUGUCCCUGAGGGAAAAUGCUGUGCAGAGCAUACAUGUG